CCUUUCAAAACCAAAACGGUAAAAGUUGACCGACACGUCAACACUUUCAGCGGCUGAAAUGGGUACAGUGCCGGUCACUAGUUUCCGUUUUAAACCUCCAAAAGCUCUGUCCGUUAUUUUCGUCGUCUUCUCUGCUCUCUCCACGCCUCUACCAUUCCUCUGUUCGUUUCGCUGCCCCCAAAAACCCUAACUUUCCUCGCUUUCUACCCCAAUUUUGUUACCAUUUUAGCCUCCAUUUCUAUGGUCAUUUCCUUUUCUGUCACUUGUUCCAAGAAUUGCUGAGACAUAGGGAUAAAGAUUCAUGUAUGUUUAGUAUAUUCUGUGGGACUUGAGGACAUUACAGUGUGAAUGGCAAUGUCUGUAGCAACGAAGCUCCAAUCACCCGCGAAACCGCUUUCUGAAGGCCGGGUGGUUCUGGGUCCUGGCGGGAACAGAUUUAGGGUUUCAGAAGAAGCUAAACGCAAAAAGGAGGGUUUGAAGAAGCCGCAGCAGCACAGGAAGCAGCCGUCGGAGGUUCCGGAAGCGGUUGUCCGGAAUAAUUUGUCUUUUGAGAGCUCGUGUUCUUCGGAUUCUUCUUCAAGUGGUUCUUCUGUAAAAAUGGUGAAUUCUAGGGGGAGAGUGAAGCGCAAUGGGUUGAAGCCUGUGAAGGUGGUUCCUCAUGGCGUUGAGGUUCCGGCGAAGCGGUGUGAUUGGAUCACUCCAAACUCGGACCCACUUUAUACUUCUUUCCAUGAUGAAGAAUGGGGAGUUCCUGUUCAUGAUGAUAAGAAACUAUUUGAGCUACUAGUCUUAUCACAAGCAUUGGCAGAACUAAGCUGGCCCACAAUACUUAACAAGAGAGACAUAUUCAGGAAGCUUUUUGACAAUUUUGAUCCAUCAUCUAUUGCAAAGUUCACUGAUAAGAAGUUGCUAUCACUAAAAGCUAGUGGUGGCACAUUGCUAUCUGAACCAAAGCUUCGUGCCGUCAUUGAAAAUGCUAACCAGAUGCUUAAGGUUCAGCAGGAGUUUGGUUCCUUCAGCAACUACUGCUGGAGCUUCAUUAAUCAUAAGCCAAUGAAAAACGGAUUCCGCUAUGCACGUCAAGUACCGGUUAAGACGCCAAAAUCAGAACUCAUAAGCAAGGAUUUGAUGCAGAGAGGCUUUCGUUGUGUUGGCCCAACUGUCAUUUAUUCAUUCAUGCAAGUUGCAGGGCUUGUCAAUGAUCACCUUCUAACAUGCUUCAGAUUCCAGGAAUGUAAUUCAAAUAUCAAAAAGGAUCUUCAAGCUAAGACAGAGGAAACAGAGGUUCUAACUAACGCUCUGGAGAACAAUUGCUUAUCUCACGAUUGAAUUGCCCGGGUCACACUUUAUUCUGUCCAAUCACACAAAUCCAAGUAAUCGAGAGGAAGAUAUAGUAAGAGACCUGACAAGCUAAGUUCUGAGUGUUAAGUUGGUGUUUGGAUGUACUUUUAGCAUGUUGUUUUUUCAUCUGUUUGUCUAUCUAUUAACCUAACCAGAGUAAUGGUUUUACUAAAUAUGAAGUUUUUUUAAUAACUAUUGACCGUCCAUUCACAGAGUAGAGCUGCAUGCAUGCUUUUGAUAA